AUGGAAAAUCAGAACAAUGUCACAGAAUUUGUUUUCAUGGGACUAUGGGAAAAUAAGCAACUAGAGUUACUGUUCUUUCUCUUGUUCCUACUCUGUUACCUGGCUGUCCUAAUGGGAAACUUCAUCAUCUUACUCACCAUCACCUGCAGCCAUCUAAUUGAACAACCAAUGUACUAUUUUCUCUGUCACCUUUCCCUCAUGGAUCUCUGCUACACCUCCACUGUGGUCCCCAGGCUAAUCAGGGACUUGGUCGCAGCAAGAAAAAACAUUUCCUAUAACAACUGUAUUGCCCAGCUCUUCACUGCCCACUUGCUGGGGGGUGUGGAGAUAUUCAUCUUGGUGUCCAUGGCUUUAGACCGCUACAUUGCCAUUGUCAAGCCCCUGCACUACAUGGUCCUCAUGAACCGGCGGAGGUGUAACACGUUGGUCUUCAUGGCCUGGGGUGUGGGUUUUUGGCACUCUGUUGCUCUAUUGCUCAUGGUACUCAACUUACCUUUCUGUGGUCCUAAUCAGAUCGAUCACUACGUAUGUGAUGUGAAGCCUCUUUUGAAACUGGUCUGCAAAGACAUUCAUGUUGUUAGUAUCUUAGUGAUUGCAAAUUCAGGAAUGGUGGCAGUUGUCAUUUUUCUUAUCCUGGUGGCUUCUUAUAUUCUCAUAUUAUGGAAUCUUAGGACAUACUCCUCCAUAGGGAGACGCAAAGCUCUCUCCACCUGCAGCUCUCAUAUUAUGGUUGUAGUUUUAUUCUUUGUGCCCUGUAUCUAUAUUUACAUUCUACCUGCAGGGAGUGAGAACAAGGAUAAGGAAAUCUCUGUGUUUUACACUGUGAUUGCCCCCAUGCUGAAUCCUCUCAUCUAUACCCUGAGAAACAUGGAGAUGAAAAUCGCCAUGGGGAAGGUGUGGUCUAAAAUGGCACAUUCAGGGGCACCUGGGAAGACUUGGCAGAUCCAGCAGACUAGAAGUCGUUCUGAUUCCUGCCCUAUUCUUUUGUUGCUAUUCAGCAAUUUUGAUGCUGCGGAUGAUUUGGCACAGUGA